GUCGAGGAAGAAUCACGGAAGAGUGGAAAGAUUUCCUGACGGAUCACCGGGCUAACCAGCUAACAGAGAAGACCAUUAGUCUAAUCGUCAGUUUGAUUUUGUCCACAGUUUAGCUAGACACCGGAACAGACGGUAAAACAACAGUUCUUCUCAAACACAAUAUGUCUUUGUUUUAUUGUUUAACGGCUUUGGUUAUACGAGUUUCCUGCCGUUAGCCUGUUAGCUGCAGAGCUAUGCUAAUAAAGGUCUCCUGAUGGGAAAUCAGCUGAUGGAGUGAAAUAAUUCUGACAAAUAUAACUGUUUCUGCUCUGUGUGACUGUCCUGGUGUUUAUUAGCUCAUGGUAAAGCUGAGCUCGGUGUUUGUUAGCUUAGCCGGCUGCUUUAGUUAGUGGGUCAGGUGAUCCGUCUCUGCUUGAAGGUCUAAACUGAAAUGAUCCAGUAUACACCCACAGGCGGGGUUUAGGCUCUGAUUUUUUGCUCCUUUAGAGCUGAAAGUGUUAUCUCAAUCUGGUUUACCUUCCUGUUUUUCCCUCUGACAGAACAAGAUGACAACUGCUCCUUAUAACUACUCCUACAUCUUUAAAUACAUCAUCAUCGGUGAGUGACUCUCUGAGUUUCAAACAGUAAACAAACUCACCUGAGCUUUAAAAUCAACAUCAUCCACCUCUGAACUGUUUUUAGACUCUGAACUGUGUUUAGAGAGAUGUGUGAAAGUAAACUGAUUAAAAUGUUUGUAGUAAUCCUGCCUUUAAAGUCUCAGUGAGCAACUUUCCAAUCCUGUCUGAUUUAGUGUCUCAGUGGACAAAGUUUGACUUUUUCAGUGAUAAACCCUAUUUUUUUUAACAUCUUAAGAAGAUUUUUGGACCGAUACUAUAAUAUUAUCCUCUUUUUUUGACAGUAUCUUUUAUUUCAACUUCACUAUGAAAAAUAGAGAAUACGGCUGUUUUGAGUGGUUUUAGACAUCAGUAAGAAUAAUUGAGAGAUACUCUAUGUUAAUAUUGUGGCUUUGGUUGCUUUUAGAGGCCAUAAAGACACAUUUCAGAGCAGUUCAAAAACCUCCCACUGAAGCUUUAAGUCUUAACUCAAUGAAAAUAGUCCCGCACACAAUUAAGUCCAGAGUUUUGGAACAAGUGUUGCUGUAAUAAGUGGUUGUCAGCGAUGAUACUGAGGUCAAGACGGUAUUGACCAAUACUCUGAUAAACCCAGUUUUCUCAGCCAGAAACAUGAUCCAGGUGGAUUUUGAAGUGAUUCGUGAUGAAAAUGUUCAAAUGUGACAUAAUCAUAUCACAUACAAUGUUUAACUCCAUUAUUCUCAUUACUUUGCAAGUUAUGACAGAAUGAGUAUUUAAACACCUGACAGCAGCUGUCAGAUUAGAUCUUCUGGAAAGUGCUGUGAAUUAACAGGAUGUUGAUGUUACUUGGCAGCAGCCCAGAUAUCAGCUGAUGCCACUUAUUUCAUCAAUUAGCUGGACCAAUCAGUCCACCUCUAAUUGUAAACCUUAGCAUAAUGGUCUGUUGCAGUGAAGCAGGAGCUGUCACAGUUCAUCAUAAUAACUAAUGAUUUUAGACUUAAAGAUGCACCAACUGAGAACAUCAUGGCUAUUUGUUUUGGGUUUAAGAAAAAGGCUAAAGAAUGCUUGGAAAAAUAUAUGAAAAAUAAAUGGACAUGAAGACAGGGUAUCAGAGUCUCUUUAGUUAAGUAAUAUAAUAGCAGCUGUAUCUUGUAAACAGAGCUACACACGUGUAUUUUAUUUUCCAGCCUUUUGCGGGUCUCUGCUGUCCCUCCCCUGCAGGUUAAAAAGCUGUUCACCUCUCUCAUCUUUUGACAUACUAAAACCAACCGACGCGUCGGAUUUAAAGCCUCUGAAGAGUUUACAAUUUCAACGUUUCUUUCCUGCUCCUCGCUACCUGUGACCACCAUUUUAACUGAAUGCAACAGCACAUACUAAACCUCCGUGUUUUAGACUCAAACAGUGUUAGAGAAAUAGUGUUAUUUGUAUGUACUGUGUUCUGUGUACCGUUAGUAUGAAGGAAUGGGAAACAUGAAGCUGGAUUGUCACACUCAUAGCUGUUAAAUUGAUUUUCUACCUUCCAGACUCUGAGAGGCUCGACUUUAUUUCAAUGAAAAUUGAUCUCUCGGCUUUCCCUGGAUGGGCAAUCCAUUACAGACUGACUGAUCCUCUUAGUUUCUUUUUGACCUCACAGAGCAGCCAAAUGUUCGUCCAGACAACCUCUGAAUCUGCAGCAUUUUCUUAAAUCUUUGGAGACUUAAGUGCUUUAAAUAAACACAUCUGGACCCCAAUUCAACCGUUUGAAACACAAUCAGACUACAGUUUGAUCUCUGUCCUCUUCUCUCUCCAGGCGAUAUGGGCGUGGGGAAGUCCUGUCUGCUUCAUCAGUUCACAGAGAAAAAAUGUGAGUCCUUUCUGUUUCUGCAGUCAUCCAUGUCUCACUUCCUUAUUGUCAGACUCAUUUUUCUUUCUUAAACCUCUUUCUCUUCUUCCUCUUUGGCAUAUUCUCCCUAAGCACUUACCAUUUGACUUUUGUUUUCUCCCUGUUAAUCAGUGUGUGGGUUUACAAUAUAAUUUUCGAGCAGGUAGAGGAAAAAGAGGGAUGAUUGAAAAGCAAUGUGUACAUGUUAGACCGUAUAAAACAUGGACCUAGUCUCAGUGACGUCAGCCUUUUGUAUCUGCAUGUCAGUGUCUAUGUGAUCUGUCCUGUAAUGAUGUAUCAAUCACGUGCAGUCAUGGCAGACUGUCCUCACACCAUCGGGGUGGAGUUUGGCACAAGGAUCAUGGAGGUUCACGGUCAGAAGGUGAAGCUACAGAUUUGGGACACAGCCGGUCAGGAGCGCUUCAGGGCCGUCACCAGGUCCUACUACAGAGGGGCCGCCGGGGCUCUGAUGGUGUACGACAUUACCAGGUACUGAUGGGAAGGAUGUCUAAUAGAGCUGAUGCGGAGGUCACACGGAGACACAUUCCAGUAUACCAACAUAACUAAGUUUUGCACUAGUUAAGUUUGAUGUUUAGAUGAAAAAUUCAGGAUUUGUCUUUUGUUUGUGAUCAGGAGAAGUACCUAUAAUCAUUUGAGCAGCUGGCUAACAGACGCCAGGAACCUGACCAACCCAAACACAGUGAGUAAACGCACACAAACACACUCUGUUUGUCUGCUGAAGAGCUGUGUAUCAUUCUGUUUGUGUUUCUACUGCAUUGAAUAUCUGGAGCUUGUCAAAGACUUAAAAACACACACACAGCUGAUUUUGAAAUAUUAACGCAAAAGAAACCAGGAACAUCCUUAGAAAUGUGACUCGGUGAACUCCUUUGCUUCAGUUUAAAAUAGUCAAAUAUUUAAAUCUGCUGACUUCAAGAGCACUGGCUAGUGUUAUAAUGUCACAGCUUGUGGUUCUGAACCUUAAUGGUCUUUAUAGAUGAGCAGGUUUCAGAACAGUUACAGUUGAGACUUAAAUCCAGCUCGUUCUGGCCUUCAUUUACAAAAGAGUCAUCAAAUCCUUUAAUGAAAUCAUUUCAUUGUUUAACUGCUGUCUGUAUAGUUUCUCAGACGUUUUUCUCUUUUUUCAGGUGAUCAUUCUGAUUGGUAACAAGGCUGACCUGGAGGCGCAGAGAGAUGUCACAUAUGAGGAGGCCAAACAGUUUGCUGAAGAGAAUGGUAAGAAAUGUUUUCAUGUUUGUUUGAUGACAUUAUAUUAAAAUGAUUAAAGAAGGUUGACUGUGGUGUCUUCUUCCUGUCCCCUAUCAGGUUUGCUGUUCUUGGAAGCCAGUGCUAAGACGUAAGAACAAAACCUUUAACGCGUCCAACAUUUAUUUAUUUAAUUAUUUAAUUAACAAUUAGUGUUUUCUUAUUCUGCUUUUACAGUUGAUUUGUCUUUUGUCUGUGUCUCCAGAGGAGAGAAUGUGGAAGAAGCUUUUCUGGAAGCGGCAAAGAGGAUUUACCAAAAUAUCCAAGAUGGCAGUCUGGACUUAAAUGCUGCCGAAUCAGGAGUCCAACACAAACCAUCUGCACCACCAGGAGGCCGCCUUAAUUCAGACAGCCAGCCAGCAAAAGAAGGCUGCAGCUGCUAACCACAGACAGAAACCACAGACCAUUGAAACGGACAGACGGGAGGACAGAAUUAAACUUAUACGGACACAGAAAUCUACUCCACAUAUGGCACUAACAUGCAUCAUCUAUCCAAAAUACAGCGUUAAGGAUUUAGACAGAUAUCAUCUAACAUAAUCCACAUGUUGGACCUUAAUUCAGGUCCAAAGCAAGAUAAAGCCAUCCUCCACCUGACUGAACGUUUACUAACAUCUGCAACUAUCAACCUUCUUGUGUGACACCUCUGGAUCUGUCUUAAUUUGGAUCUGCGUUGGACAACUUCCAUAUCAGAAUCAUUAUACCAACCAUAAUCCACCUCCUGGACCUUGGAUCAGGCUUCAAGAGAAGAUGUAAGCACCUGAGUUCACUUGUAAUGCCAAUCCUGCCUUUAGCCCACAUUUAGGCACAUCUGGGCCAAACCCAGUACAGUCUGGACCAGUGAGAGCCUACAAAUGCUCAUGUACCAUCCCAUGCAAGACAGCCUCUAUUAAUUAUUGGACUACUCUUGAUGUCCAAUCUCCUCUAGGCCUGGAACAAUUCAGAGAGUUGUCUGAACUCAGGACUCCUCUUAUCUGGAAUGACCCAGCACCCAAAGAAGAAUUCAAGACACAAAUCUUAAGGCAAACUUCAGCUCUUUACUGGACUACUAAAACUUCUCUACAAAACUUACUCUGUGUUACUAUACAUAUUGGAUUUGGGCAUUGCCAAGAAGAGAGCUGUAGUUCCCCCAUUCUAGUUGAGACUGCUCAAAGCUUACAUCCAAAAAAGGUAGAACCAAAGUAACAAAGCUGGACUAGAAUGGGGGAAAAUGAAAUGGGAAACCCUCUAAGUCACUAGACAGGGCUUGCCUCUGUCUAUUGUUGACCAAUUCAAGUGUAGUUUGUCCAAAUCCGGGACCACCGUAACCAAGAAUGAACUGGCACCCAUGUCAAAGAAAAUUUGAGGAACAAUCGUGAAGCAACCUUCAGCCCUCAACUGGACAACAUUUCACCAAUAUCUGAGCAAUAGUGCUAAAUGUAGACAUUACCAAGGACUGAUCCAUCACCCGGCUUUAGGAUUAGCCAUUCCUGAUUUUAAGGCUACCCUCAGCCUUUACCCCAAAAAAGAUAGACAUUUCUCAUCCUACCACUGACGCUUUCCAAGUGUAGAGUCUUGUCAGUCGUGGUUCACUAAAUUUGGUUUAGCCAUUCCCAAACACAGACCCCAGGUCCUACAAGAUAACAUACAAGGCUAAGUUUGGAUAAUCCCAGUUCUGCUGUGACAUUAUUCUGGACACAAAGGUAGUCAUACCAAACUAGCUAUAUUUCAAAUAAAGACUGCCGUGAUCCGGACAUCGCUGGCACAAACGUAGGUCCUUUUAAACACUGAACAGCACCUCCCUUGGUAUGACACUGGGGAAUCCUUUGGGAGUCUCACAGAACACCCAUGUCCAAGAGAAUAUUAGGAUUAUCCUGUUCCCAAAAGCAGAACUACACUUCCCUUGAAUGUCAAUUCCCAAAGUUCCAGUGUUCCUUCUGAUGCCCUAUGAACCGACUCAAGGCCUCUCCUCAAGCAAAACUGCUCUCUGUCCAAAUGGAGGACUAACCCAGAUUAAAACCUUUGAAAGUAGACCAAAUUUUGCCAUUACCUGAUCUGUAUUUUAACAUUUGUGGUUGUCCUACGGACCAGUUCUGAAAUUCACCCUUUUGGAUUUGUAGCCUUGCUCGUGUCUUAUACUUGUUUGAUGUCCCAUAGUCACUGUUCAGUUUGAAAAGUUUGAAAACUCCAAACUUCAGAGUCGUAAAUAUAGCACAGAGUGGCCUGGACAUCAAAACACACCUCUAGGAGUUUCUACAUCAACAACACUUACUUUUGGGUAUUGUGGAGCAGAAGAUGCAUUUAUCCUGGAAAGGAGACUUUUGUAACUUGCUCUAGUCAAAAACCUUCGUGAUUCUCCUAAAAUGGAGUCAUCUUCAACACAAGAUGAAGAGGAACAUCACUGGUUGUGGAGGAUGAAAAUCAGUUUAUCAGUUAUGCACCAUUCAGAACCUUUUGAACACCAAAACCUUGUUGUUCAAACGUUUUGGUUUGGAUGAUUCAGAUUUGGAAAUCCAAAUUUUUGAUGGCCAGAGUCAGAGUAUCCAUCCAACUUGUGUUCUGGUUUAGAAAAACUGGAUUGGAUUUACAUAAUCCAGAUCCAGGUCUCAUGAGGUAAACUAAAUAUCAAUCACCAGAGCUCUGGAUUUGGCAAAUCCAGAUUUGCAAAUUUAUUGAAAGAUAAACUUAAAACCUAACAUCCUUUAUACCAACAACACUGUAGGACUUGUCAACUGACAAAAUCAUUGGAGUGCCUCUACUUCCUGCCAGAAGGAGGGUUCAAGAUUGCAAUAGGAGAAUAGGUAUGGGGAAAAGCUUCAUUCUCAGUACACAUUAAGACAAGCAGACAGACAUUUUACCAGUAAAUCUUAAAAUCCCACAUAGCAGGUCUUUACUGGACCAAAAGUUUUUAUCUAAAUUGACCAGUGUUAACUUCGCCUGCAUCCAACAUCAGCAGAUUUUAAUCUCCAAAACAGAAACACAACCAAGUAGGAUACACUACAACUGUGCUGAAGCAGAAUUUGACUGAAUAUUAUUUGGACCUCACUUUACAUACAUCCUGAGUAAAGUCCAGGAUCCAAGCUGGCCCUUGAAGACCUCCAACAGACACACGUUUGGACAGAAAUCCCAAACCCUCCCUAUACCUAGAACCAUAGUCUCUGUAUCUCCACGCUUUGCCUUUUCAAAAUUGAUUUUAUUUAAAUUCAGUAACUUUGCUUUGUGUGUCUUUGGUUAUAGAUCGUUUUGUUAGAAAAUAAGCCGCCAAUCAAUGAAGGUGAUAAUGAAGAUAUGAUGACUUACCUGAACCAGAAUGUCACUACUUAUCUCUCAGUGGAUCAGACGUUCUGGAUGGAUUUUUAUCAGCUUUUCUUCUUUGUUUGUUUGUUUGUUUGUUUGUUUUCUAAUGUGUUUCCAACUGUUAACGCAGUAUGUUUUCUGAUGUCGCAGCUCCCUCUCGUGGCCAUUUUUUUUAUCAUCCCUGUUGGUUUACGCUUUGGAGGGAGUCAAACUUGCACAAGUGUUAGCAACACAGAUGCUUUUAAUUUAUUAGUCUGUUUUUCGUCUGUUGUUUUCUUUUGUUAGCUUUAGACCACAAUUACACUUUACUCGACUGAGCUACUCUGACAUUGUUUAUCCUUGCUAAAUUGUUGCACUGCAGUGAAGACAUGUCGUACUUUCCUCAGUGCAUGUAAAACCCAAACCAAAUAUUUGUUUCGAUUUUUAAAAAGCUUUCUGAAAUAAUAAAUGUACACGUUGGAAAAAUUAAAAAAUAUACUGUACUUACUGUGGUAGAGAAAAUCGAAAUUUAACAAAAUCUGUAAAUUCAACCCACACUAACACUCUACACUUUUGUUUUAAAAAUGAUUCAGGCCACCCAAAUCUUCCUAAACCUGGAUUUUUUUUCUCAGAUGUUCCCAAAUACACACACCAUGUAUUUUCAAUGUUGCAGGUCCCUCUAGUGGCCAUUUUUAAUAUCCUGUUUCAUAAAGCGCUAACUGAUGAGGAAAUAGUGGCACCAAUUGAAGACAUGCACAUUUUAUACUUUAUUGUUGCCUGUUUUCUGUAAUAUUUACCUAUUUUUAUCCAGGCUCGGGCCAGGAUGACGCUCGCUUAAUUUUUUAUUUUUAUUUUAAUAUAUAUAAUCAAAAAAAUGGUUUUGCAUCAAUUAAACAGACAAAAAAAUGUUUUUUAAUAUUGAUGAUAAUUGUUUUUCGGCUGCAAAUUUGUUGAACUUCUUAGUAGUAGUAUAAGUAAAACUUAACCAAAUAUUUGUUGUUGGUUUCCAAAGGCUAAAAGAUGUAACUAAUGUGCAAGUUUUAAAAAUUUUAAAUACUGCGCUCCCUAAAAAAUGCAUUUCACAAACUUCACAAAACUGUCUUACCUGAAUGUAAUUUGAAUAUUUUAGAAAUAUGUUUUUGAUCUUGAAACAAAUUUCCAAGCCUUGUUUUAUUUUCUGAAUAUAAACAUUGUAAAACUUCUGAUCACAGCUCCCCCUUGUGGCUGUUUUUAACAGCUCUUGUAAAAUUCUUCUUGAGGGGGAUAAUGGCUCAAGCGUGUUUUAAUUUCUUUCAUUCUUAUUUUUCAAGGAUUGCACUUAACUGAAUGUGCUUUUCUGUGUUUUACCACUAAAUUCUUGAGUCUGAUUGAAGACAACAGGACUUUUUGUUGUACCUGUAAAACUGAACCAAAUAUUUGUCUUUGUCUUACGCUGUCUAAAAAUAUUGUAUUUGUAACUUAGAGGAAAAUGUAACUUUUUAUGAAGUUUGAAAAUUUUGCCCUCCAACAAACUCUUUGAACUCUUUCAAACUUAAGGAAGUCCAACAUCUUGAGCCUUGAAUUCACGAUCUGCUUUAAAUUCCCCCAGCUGUCACCAGUCAUCAAUCGGGCUUUACUGAAGUUAAGAGAUGGUGAUCAGUGUUAAUUCUUGUGUUGUAUUCAUUCCAAGUAUAACUUAUAAGACAGUGACUUUUUCUCUGCCCUUACUCACUAUAUAAGUACACCAACAAAGUUGCUCUUUUAAAUAUUUAAACAAUUUGGAAUAUUUUCUCUGAUUGAUCGAGAUCAAAAUUUACCAUCAAUGAAACAGCUGUCGGGGUUCAGCUCAUUCUGUCUGAUAUUGAGCAAUAAUGUCUGAGUUAACAGCUGAAACUCAGGUUUUCAAGGUUUUUAAUACGACCUAAUCUUUUGGUGUCUUAGAUUGAGAACAUGUCACCAACAGAUUUUUUUUUUUCUUUUUCUGAUCAGUCUGAUGUUCACUUUUCCUCUGUGCAAAAAUAAUUUUGUCAAUUUACCUGAAGCUGUCUUUUAAAAACUGGAAAAGUUUGGGAUGAAAACAUCAACCCCAGUGUUUCCUGUAAAGGUAGAAUCUUUCAAAUACUUUAUUAUUGGUGUUUUCUUUCAGUUACUCCAAAAAGGUAAAGUCUGGCCUAAAAUUACUGUAUAUCAAUGCUGUGGUAUAAAGAUGUGUAAUGAUUUUUGGAGUGGAAAAAUACUAAUUAGAAUAACCAAAACAUUUUAAAAGUGGCUGAUAAAAGUUAAAAUAUUAAAAUUACAUCAGUUUGAUAUUCCCCCCACUAAUUUUUAUUCUUUAAGCCAAAGAUGUAAGAUUUCCCCAAUUUUGAUUAAUUUUUUGCCUAUAAUUUAAUUAUGACUCAGAAAAUUUUAUUGUCUUUGCAUUAUUAUAAGCAUUAUUUGCAUUCUCAUUUUGACUUAAAUAUUCCUUGUCUAUUAUUCUGUAAAAGUUUAAAUUUGCACUUUUGCACUCCCUGACUUGGGAGGAAGUGGCAAAAGUGUAAAAAGUAAAUCUUUAAAUGUUUCAGUUUUCUUGGAUCAACAGAAAAAGUUCUGGUAACUUUUGGUUCCUUCAGGACUCUUUGACUGUUUCUCUGCCUAUUCGAGGUGAAAGUUUAACUUUAAAGGCUAAAAUUAAAGCAUUGGUAACAUGCAGGAAAAAGGUCAUUUUCUUGGCUGUCUGACUUUCAUCUCUCCGUCUGGACCGGUCUGAACCGGUCCAGUCUCGUUAAAAUCCUGUACAUAUCCAGUCUAAACCGAAGUGCUGUCUGUGAGACGCCUUGAAUCUGUCUCUGUGACCAGGUCUACUUCUGUCUGAAUGUGCAGUGAUUUGUUCUUGCUGUCCUCUGAUUGGUGGACAGUUGCCUUCUACAUCUGAGAUGCUUGAUUUCAUAGUGUAACUGAAGCCCCUCUCUCACUGUAAACAAACUCAUCAGACUCACGAGUUUAUGGUUCUUUCUUUGCUUUUCAUCAGUUUAAACCCACACAACACAAACACUGAGGGUCAAAAUACUGUAUAUUGUUUGGAAAGGUGGAAAGCUCUUUGUUUCUUCUUCAGAAUUUAAAAGAAUUUAAGAGUCAGCCGAGGAGUCGUCUUAAACUUCCCUCACCAAGGGAAAACAAAAGAAUUUCAGACCUGAGUUUCCAGACAAACAGAAGACAGGCUCACAGCUGCAGGACUGAAAGUGGCAAUGUCGAUUCAUCCCAGAUUUUAAAAGGACCUGAAAGAUUUCCUCCAUUUACUGGAGCAGAGUGAAAUCAUUGUCCUCGGAUAGACAAACGUCUGAAAUGUUUUUUUUAAUUGAAACUCUGUUGAGACUGAACCUGAAUAUGACUUUUCUGUCAGAUUCCAGCUUUGACUGUAACACUCUGAACAUUUCAUUUUCUUUGUCGUCUGUUGAUUUUCUGUCUGCUGAAGUAACAAACCUGCUUCUUGUGAUUCUUUGAUUAUUUAUACUCUAAUAAAUCAGCUGUUCCUUCAUUGUACUACCGUGAGAAUUCAGAUAUUUGUAAAUAAAGUAAAUAUACUGUAUAUACUCUGAUAGAUGUGUGCUGUUUUUCAUUUUAGUUUGAAGUUUUAGCCAGCUUGAAUAAUGCAGAAUUAAGUUUGAUAACUCAGAACAUUCUUCUGCAAGUUAAGCAGACUGUCAUGGAGGACAGACUGAUGAAAACUAAACAAUAGACUGGUCAAUGUUUUUUUUGUUAGUUAUUUUAUACAUUAUAGGACUUAAUUGUUUUAGCUAGUUGUAAAGCUUUAAUGUUUCUGUUUUGAGUGCUCUCUGCCUCACCACCUGAACAAUACACUCAAAAUUAGUUUAAAAUAAGGCAAAAGCAACACUGAUUUUCCUCACCGAUGCAGAAGUAUAAACUAAUUUUCUUUGGCAAAGAUCAUUUCAGGAAGGAACAAACUGAAGAUUAUUUUUGUUCUUUAAUAAUCAACAAAGAAAGAACAAAUUUCAAAAGAUGGAAAAAAGGCUGAAAGGUAAUGAUCAUAUUUGUCUUUCUAUCAUUAUAAUGUGUUCUUUAAUUGUUCCUCUUACAUGAAGUGGUCUGAAGAGUGAAGACAGUAGGUGAGAGAGGUCACCUGAGGUAAUGAACAGGAUGAACCCUGAAGAGAAAAUCUUCAGGAGGAUCAGUCCACACGCUGAUAAUCUGAGUGUGUUUGUUCACAGAGGCGGUGUGUCCUUAGCAGAGCAUCCUCUGACCUCACACACAGCUCACAGUCUGAUUGGCCACAGAGACCAUGACAUCAUUACGUGGUUCUGUUCUUGGAGGCGGGCUCUGUCUCCUGCUCAUACUCGAUCUCCACAAACGCUCGCUUCUUCCUCACCACCGUGCCGUUAGCUGGAGAUUUUCCUUUCCACCUGGAGCCCUUCUUCUUGUUCGUCAUCUCCACCUCCAUUUCCUUCUCCUCCUCUUCUUCAUCCUCCUCCUCUUCCUGACUGGACUCCUCCUCGUCCUGCUCCUCUUCGUCACUGCUCGCUCUCAGUUUGUUCAUGUCCUGAGAGGAAAAAAAAACAUUCACAUGAGAGAUGUUGAAGAAAAACGCAGAAUAGUUUUUAUGUCACUGAAGUCAAAUUUCUUUUUUUUAUUCCUGAGGAUCUGAACUCGUUUUGGAGUUUCCAUCCUCAGUAGUCAUCAUUCUGUCCUUUCAGCUGUUUGAGGUUCACGAAUCUGACACUUUACCUCAAAAUCACUCAGGUCACUCUCCUCCACUUCGUCCUCUGCCACAAACUCUCUCUGCCCGACGUCCUGCAGACAGAGAGGAGACAAACUCAGCAGCUUGACUCAUCAUUGAUUAUUAACUCUGAGAAAUAAAACAAAGUGUUGAAAGUUCUGAACCCCAAGGAAGAAGCUCUCAUCACCUCAUCGUCCUCCUCCUCCUCCUCUUCCUCCUCUGACUCGCUCUCUUCAUCCUGCUGCUCCAGAGCUUUGUCGAAGGCGUGGAUCGGGAAGUUGUAGAUAUCUCCGUACUGAAGGAACAACAUAAUUAAUGCUUCACUUUAACAAAAAGAAAACGUUUCAUUGAGUCUGAAUCAAAGACUGUAUAUACUAUGGACAACUUGGUUCCGCCCCCCGCCUGUACACAGAUUUGAAGCCAAAAAGCUCUCAGUAUUUCCGUGCUUUUUCUUCAUUUCUUGAAACCAACGCUGCGCAGUAGCGUUGUGCGCAUUCGUUGAGAGUCCCUGUGAUGACGCUCAGCUCAAACAGCGUAUCCCCCAGGAGAGCUACGCAAUCCCUGAACGCCCAUAGGCUGUAUCAGGUGUCGAUCAUAGAAAACGUGAACCCCCUAAUAACUUUUAAAAACGGAGCUUCACAGAAAAAAGAGGACAUGAGCACAAACCAGUCUUACUGCAACUACAUGUCAACAUCACAAGCAGGGGGGAGAAAAAUUCAUGUUCUGUGUAAUAAAUUUCUAAAGUUUGUCCACAGCUCUAUAAGCUUUGCUGGCGGAGGCAGGAUUUAUGGCCUAUACUGCAGUCCAUCAACAGAGGGUGCUGUUCUCGGAGUGGCUUCACCCAGCGAGGAGGCAGAAGCUGUCUAUUCUAUACAGUCUAUGGUCUGAAUAAUGAACCAGGAAAGGGGACUGUCCAGUGAGGGAGUUCCCUCUGCUGUGAUCCAUGGUGGUCUGAUACCCGUUACCACGGAUCAGUUUUUGAACAGGCCAUGCAGACACUUCAGCAGAGUUUGGUAAAUCAUUUUCUGUACCAGGCUGGUUUAAGUCUGAUAUCAGCUCACACAGGACUAAGUCUCAGUGAGAACUCGAGUUCUGUCAUGAAGCAUCAUAAAGUUACAGAUCCGUAUGUCGAGGAUCAGACAGUUGUACCGUUCCCUGCUUGAGUCUCUCCAGCAGCUCCUUCUCGAUAGCGUUAUCCAGCUGAGCAGCGAUCAGAGCCUUCUCCUACAAAUGCAGAGAAAUAUACAGGUUAACAUGAGGAAGUAAAUCCUAUAUAUGCAGCACCUUUAACAACAGACGGCACAAAGAGCAAACUUGGGGAAAAAAGAUUAAACGAUGACAGAGAAGCAGAAAUAUACAGAUCAUCAACAGCUCUUUAAAUACUUCUAAAGAACAUCCACAGUUCACAGGUAAAGUUUGAGAGAAACACAAAGUCUCCUUUAGUUUGAGUCCAGACCAGAGAAAAAUCUGUAAAUCCUGAUCAGGAUCUCAAAGUCCUACUGAACCUU